AUGUGCCGCCGCGUCACUUGCCCCAACGACAACAAGCCCACCUGGUGGGGAUGUGAAACAGGAAAGCACAUCGACACCGCCCUCGACGGCGUUGCCGAGCAGGACCGCUGCGACUGCCCCCACUCGCCCGUCGAGUCCAACCCUAACAUGUUCGAGGUCAAGCCUGGCGUCACCAAGGAGAGCGAGCAGCAGCCCUCGGCUUAG